GUCAACAAACGACAGACGGCAUUAGGAUGGCCUGUCUCUAAAAAAUGGCGAAUGUGUUUGAUAUUUUCAAUGUCAAGCCCCAAAGCGAAAUUGACAGCGGCAUUAAAUCUCAAGGGGAGUCAGUGUCAUUCAAAACUUCUGAAUUGAACUGUCAGAAGAGGGUUCUAAGUCAAGACAGCACGGAAGCAGACAUUUUUGAAAACAAACAUGGCGCGAAGGUACCCGGAAAUGAUACAUUGGAGGAAGAACAAAAAUCAAUCAGAAUGGACAACAUACCUUCCUUUGUCAUUCCCAAGCUGAAGAGGAAGGAAGAAGAUUUGUUGACUGAAAUUGGCAAAGAUUCCCAUGAAUUCCAACAGGAGAUAUUACCAGCCAUCAGGAAGAGUUACCGUUGUUCUUCGUCACUCAACAGAUUCUCUUAUUACAGGAUACGAACUGUUCACAGUGCUGACCUGACACAAGCUUAUCUGGAGAAACGUCGAGAGCUGAAACAAGCAGGAUACUCAGACAGAGAUGUUGCUGAUAGCUAUGCAUUCCUCCUUGUGGAGAGUGAGGCAGAGGUGGAGACAAUAUGCAAGGACGGGGUGAAGAUAGGAAAUCUCACUACAUCCUGUUUGGGAGACCCAGACAUGGGUGUGCAGUUGAGCAAGCAUGCAGAUGUGCUACGUCCCACAUCCAUCCCUGUCCGCAGCAAGGGGAUUAUCAUCAUGUUUAAAGUGAUGAAGGGUCACGUGAAGCCAGUGUUUGAGAACCGCGGUAUGCCCUACUUAGAACCUACUCCCAACCACGAGUGUCACGUUUCCAAGGCAAAUCCGCAAGAUGGGAAUACAGUCACUCUCACACAGCUGUUUGAAACAUCACAGCUGUACUUGUAUGAAUACGGAGACCUGACGGUGGAGCAGCGGCCACGCCACAUCUGUCCCUUCGCAGUCAUGUCCUUCAACUACAAGGAUGAUGUCAAGAAGAUAAAGCCCAUAGAAGUCCCAAUUGUCAGCCCCAAGUUGUCAAGCCCUAAGGUAUUCAGCCCUAAGCUGACAAGUCCCCCCUGCCUACAUCAGCCCUACCUCGAGACCUCCGUCAUCCUCGUCGCCGUACCGGGAGUCGUCAGAUGAGGAGUACGCCACAUGGAGCGGACGUCUCAGUGUCAAGGGGCUGUUCACCUGCAAAGUGGAGAUGUUCUCUACAGCAGCCUGCAUCAAACCUGUCAAACUAGGUACCACCCUGAAUGUGACAAAGAAGUGCAGCUUGCCGCUCGCUCAGAGCAAGUACUUCGGCCAGCUGAGCAGCUUGAGGAAGAACGGGGAAGUGUACUGGCGUGGGAAUUACAUCAACG